GCACAAUUCACCGUCUCAUGGUAUUCUGCUGAAGGAAAGGCGUGAGGUUUCUAUUUCUACUUGGCUGUACACUAAAGAAAAUGUGGAGCGCUAUUGAAUUUAAAGUAUUUGCCGUGCUGAUAUUUGCUGUUGGUGUGUGGUCUGAUUGCCGUGAGGUGGACUGGUCCGAUAGCUUCAACACACUAGGGCUGUCCCAGUGUGACCGUGUUGGUGACAUCAUCCAGGGCUUCUGUCGCAGUGACUACGUCCCAACCAGUGACUACCUCGGCAGACUGGAGAGUGCUGUCUGCUGCACCAAGCCUUCACCGUGGGCAGAAAGCUUGGCCUUUCGUAUUGCCAAUUGGUGGAAUAUGUUUAAACCAAACUCCUCCGUUGAAUGUCCAGUUGGACAUUUCCUUACAGGUCUCUUCAGGUCAUAUGGUACGAAAAUUAUCGCUCUCGCAGAAGGACGCUGUGCCAGAGCAAAAGAUUAUCCGCCUCGUUAUGGGUAUUGUUAUUAUCAGGAUAUCUCCACUUGCUUUGACCACACAGGUUGCUGCCUCUGUAAGAACGGCACCUUCGUUAUGGGGCUGUAUCGGAGAGAAUGUGAUGACCUGUACUGCAUAAACAAACUCCAUUGUUGUUCCUUCUUGGAGCCAAAUAAACUUUGACGGAAAAAAAAAUUCAAGAGCUGAAACAGAAAAUGAAAUUUUGAUUAACAUUUUGUUCUGUCUGUUUAAAAGAAAAUGUCUUUAAAAGCUGAUACUUUAUUUUUGAUUUGGAUGCUAAAAAAAAAAAAGAAAAUAAAUAAAUAAAGUUGAAAGAAUCA